AUUCUCCGAUGCGUGGGAUAGCAUGCUAGUGCAGGUUUAUUGUCGGUUGUGAACGGAUUGAUUGCGCAAAGGGGUGUGAAUCGCAAAUGAUCUUCGCUGUGGUGGCUUUCUAUCGCGUGCCAACAAAAAGGGCUUCGCUUAUGGUGCCUAUACUGGCUCUACCAGCUUGGCAAGAUGUCAGCUCCCUUUUUGUCUGCAUGAACAUCUUUGAAAACCCGCUGACGAUCACAGCAUGGAUUUUCUACCGUUUUUUGUUUUGUAGAUACGAUAACAUUGUUUAAAUUUAUGUUAUUUCGCAAUGUUGGUUGCACCCGAUGAUAGCCUGCCUCUGUUUAAUGCUUGGGUAAACUAGCUGGCAACCUGAAAGAAAGGAGGGAUCUCAAUGCAAUUAGUUUAGCUUGCGCACUACGAUUCUCCCUCAUCUUUAAAAACAUUUAUUAUUUCGAUUGUACAUGCCAUUUUAUAGGCAUUGGAUUUCUCAUGGGAAUGCCUUUUUCAUAUUUGGACUUCGAGGCUAUGUUGAUCACAACACAUUUUAUGGAUGCAAUUAUUUGAUUAAGGUGUUGCUUGUGUAGGAAGAGAGAGAAAAGGAAGGGAAAUGGAACUGCCAAAUCAUGCCAAACAAAUACUACUGCAACUCAACCAGCAGAGGGCUAAGGGCUUCCUGUGUGACGUCAUCAUCGUGGUGGAGAACGCUCUGUUCCGAGCCCACAAGAACAUCCUAGCAGCCAGCAGUAUCUACUUCAAGUCCCUGGUUCUCCACGACAACCUCAUCAACCUGGACACAGAGAUGGUGAAUCCCUCUGUUUUCCGACAAGUCCUGGACUUCAUCUACACAGGGAAGCUCCUGUCCUCAUUGGACCAGAGUAAUGAGCAGAACUACAGUGCCCUCUUGACCGCAGCCAGCUACCUCCAGCUCCAUGACCUCGCCGCGCUGUGCAGGAAGAAGCUCAAGCGAAGCGGCGGCAAGCCUUUGCCGGGUAAACUCUCCUCCUCGGGUCCGCUCAGCCGACUGCGCCACAACAACGAGCGCCUCUCGUCCUCCGCCCUCACCGCCUCCCACAACCACUACGUCCUCGCCCCCUCUGAAGCAGACCAGCCACAGCCCGAUGACGGCCUCCAGGACAAGCUCUCGGAUGAUGAGAUGUUCAUCGGGAGCACCGCCGGGAAGAAUGGGACCUGCGGGAGUGGUAGUAAUGGAAACCUCAGUAACGGUUUGAGCGGCAGGGAGACAGAUCUGGGGCUGGACCUGUCCAAGAAGAGCCCUCCAUCGGCGUGUACCACAUCAGACGCACUCAGCCCUCACAGCAACUCACAGGGUUCCCCUCAAUCUGCCUCAGUAUCCACAACCAACAGUGCCUCACUGGAUGAUUCCACCAUCACUCUGCCCGGUCUGGACACCACCGGCCCAGAGCCCAUGGAGCUCAUACCCACCCCCAAAGCCCCUGAAGACAGUCAGGCCCAUCCAGACGCUCCCCUGCCUCGCAAGAGCUCCCGCCAGGUAGCCCGCAAAAAGGAGUGGCCCAAGAGAGAGGCCUCUGGCCUGAAGGCUGAGGAUCGUGACCCGCCCCUGGUCAAUGGUGUGAUCGUGGGACCUAAAGAGGGCCGUUCAUCCAGGGGUGUAGGCGGGGACAGCAGGUGCAGCUUUCCCUCAGACCAGUCCUUCCAGUGUAAAGAGGAGGAGGAAGGAGGGGAGAAUGGGCAGGAGCACAGUGACCAGAGCGGGCAUAGUGAUGGAGAGAGUGGAGGAGGAGGGCACCACAGCGCCAACUAUGUGUACCGGCAGGAAGGGUUUGAGCCAGCGUUUGGGGACAACUUGUAUGUGUGCAUCCCCUGUGGGAAGGGCUUUCCCAGCUCGGAGCAGCUUAACGCCCAUGUGGAGACGCACACAGAGGACGAGCUCUACAUCAAAGAGGAGGGAGGGGCCUUUGUGAAAGAGGAAGAGGCUGAGGACCUCUCGACCCCCGUGGCUCCCACCACAUUCGGCAUCUCCGAGCCACGGCCCUUCAAGUGCACCGUAUGCAGUAAGAGCUAUAAAGACCCGGCGACCCUGAGACAGCACGAGAAGAGCCACUGGCUGACCCGACCCUUCCCAUGUAACAUCUGCGGGAAGAUGUUCACCCAGAGAGGCACUAUGACGCGCCACAUGCGGAGCCACCUGGGCCUGAAACCGUUUGCUUGCGAUGAGUGUGGCAUGCGCUUCACACGCCAGUACCGCCUGACGGAGCACAUGCGCGUCCACUCGGGAGAGAAGCCGUACGAAUGCCAGUUGUGCGGUGGAAAGUUCACCCAGCAACGCAACCUCAUCAGCCACCUCAGAAUGCACACCUCACCCUCCUAAAACACAACAUCAAGCCAAAGAAUGCUUUUUCAUUUUUUUCCCCACCUCACAACUAAACAAAUGCACAUGUACACUCAUGCAGAAACACAGGUACACACUCUCUCUCUCACACACACACACACGUAAACAUAGAUUUCUAUACACAACCACCUGGCUUAGUGUGUGUAGUGGUUGUCCAGAGUCAGCAUGUGGCAGGAUGGUCAUGGAAAACAACCACAGCAUGUCCACCACCUCUGGAAGUCUAGACGGGCAGUGUACCUCCCCUUCCCUCCCUCUCUCUGAAGUUACCUAUGGUGGAUGUGAGGGCAUGGACCGGUGGUUGUCUCUCUUAUAUCUUGUAAAUGUGAAUGGGGUACUGUUGUAACCUCAGGCCCACCUCAUGCCUCUCAUACACCCUCAACACCUUUACUUGGGAGUAUUUAGGCCUUUGACUUUUUCAAACUGAUCCCUUCUGGGGGUAUUCAGGGUUCCCUCUAUACUCCAACCUCAUUAGUCAAACAACUACGCCAUUCCUCCUUUUAAUUUAGACAGGUCUAAUAUUAUUCACUCUGUCAAUGAUGUACACUACAGGCAAUAAUUUCAAAGAAUGUGUUUUUGUUGUAAGCUACUGUAUAUGUCCAAUGCUAAUGUGAGUGAACCUGAAGAUAGUGGGGAUGUCUGCAUUCGGGUGGAGGGAUGUUGUUGGUCAUAUCCAUGCUUUACCUAAAAGUUUGAUGUCUGAGUUUCCAGAUGAGGGGCUCAAUUUAAUUUACUCCAGACACACACUCACCUUAAAGUCUCCACUCUACAGCUGGUCUCUGAGUAAGAGAAAGAGGGGAGGUGGGGUUAGUCAUUUUGCCCAUGAAAGCUCAUCCUGGCAUAACAAAAAAACAAAAUGGAGGUACUUGUUUUACUCAAAGAACCUGUAAUGUUUCUGUGAAUGUUUAAACUGGAAGGUCUUCGGAUGUGUCUUCUUGGGGGAGGGGGAAAUGGGGUGAGGGUGGGGCAGUUAGUUGAACAGGGAAGAGACGGGGGGAGGGGGGGGGGGGUCGGUGUAGGCUGAACUUCUCGUUUGGUGGGUACGUUUAUUUUUUGUCAGUAUAGCUUUCCUCCCCUUACAAAAAAGAAAAGCUUAUUUCGAUAGGCUUGUGAACUCGCUACCUCUGAUUACUCUUAUGAACUCUACGUUGAUUAGUUGAAAGUUACUAAAUGUAAUUAAUUGUAUAAAGUGUGUAGAUAGUAACUUUUCCCCUAAUGCUUUAACCUGCUUUAACCUGCCCAUCUCUCAACACAGGUUUUUCAUGCUUUUUAGAUUUGUACAUGUUAACAUAACAUUAUGUUAACAACUCUGUCUUUUUUUUUACUUCUUGUCAUAAAGAUAGCUUUCCGGGUGCUCUUCUCAAUGAACAGGCCCCCACCUCACAAUGUACUGUAUUUUCUUGCAAAUAGUGGUUAGUGAGUUUAGAUGCACAGUGUUCCAAAGAUCUAAUGAAUGUUAAGGCGAACGGAGCUGACUAACACAUUUUGCUCGACAAGUUCAUAACCAAAGUAAAAAAAAAAAAAAAAAAGAUAUAAGAUAUAUAGCAUACUUAAUUAUUUCACCUUUGAUUUGUCUUUUUACUGUAUGAAAAAACAAUUUAAGAAUUGUAUUCUAGGUCCAGACAAUUGAAACCCACAGUUGUGUUGGACUAUUGACCAAUGACUCUUGAGACUCUUGAGUUUCUGUGUGGUUUGCGAGGAAAGCCUGUGCUGAUUGGUGGGCUGGUGUUAACAUCAACUUUACAUGUAAAGUAACUGUAGAGUUUACAAUGUUCCCUGAACUUUAUUUUUAUUUGUAACAAGGGUCCUUCUCAUCACUUUAUAUUCCCUGACCUAAAAGCAGGACUUGAUUACAUUUUAUGUGUUCUGUUCAGACCAAAAAAAAAGAAGAAAAAAUGAUAAUGACAUUUUUUAUGUGAAGUUCUAAGUUUGCUUGUUAGUUUAUUGAGCCAGACUUAUGAAAUCUUGUAUUGGAAAGGGAGAGGUAAGGAUGCACUGGACAGCUCAAUUCUUAUCCAGAGCCAAUUACAGUAGUGAGUGCAUACAUUUUAGUACUUUUUUUGUACUCCCAGUUGCCUCCCAUAUGGGCCAUUCUUAUUGAAUAUUUAUUUAUUAGCAUAGUACUACAAAUUACAAACUCUACUGUAAUCAUUCUCCACUGAAACCCAAGCUGUCUGUCUUAGCUUGUCCGGUGUGUCCCGACUCUUAUGGUAAACUAUGGGGGAGAGAAACAUUCAGUGCAAGUUUUUGGUAUAGGCAUUCCUCCAUUAUUUUGGUUUUACCUAUCUUUUUUUACAUUUCUAUUCCUCCUUCAUCCUCAUGGUUGGUCUGUGAAAUGUUAUGUCAUCAUAUAGGGAUGCAGCUGCAGUCAUACAAGCAUCGUUAUCGUUUCAAGGUAACUGCGUCUUGGACUCUGAGAUGUUACUUUAAAAAAAAAAAUGUUUUGCUGUUCUCGCCGAGGUAAAAGCAGUUACUGCUGAGUGAUUGCAUGGUACGUGUGUAUUUGUAACGCCCACCCCCUCACCACCACCACCCACCCUCCAACCUGAAAUCCAUCAUGUAAUUAAUUGUUUUCCUGUGACCUCUUCUUACUUAUUCGGGAGUCCACGAUGCAUUGCCUUCAGACGCUAUUGUUCUUGUCAGCACUUAAGCAGUACAGCGUAAUGUCUGUGACGCUCAAAAGGUCUUUUUGUACAGCAAGAUCUCUAGCCAUCUCUGCAAAGUCUUUGCAGCUGCAGCCGAACUAGCGUUUAUUAGUUUGGCGAAAACAAAAAAAAUAUGAACUAAAACUGCGAUAAUACUACUACUACUACUACUACUACUACUACUACUAAUACUCAAAUACUUCAGGGAUUGUUCUGCGUCUAUGAAUGUAGGACUCUCAGCUACAUUUGUAAGACAUAGUAUUGUAUCAAUUUCUCUGUAUUUUACUCAUGGGAAAACCAAAACACUAGUUUCAUAUUUAAAAGAUUUUAAAAUAUGGGGGGUACUUUUUCAACUAACACAAAGAGCCUUAACAAAAGGCGGGGCAGCUCAAUACAAAAGUCGACGUUUUAGUUAGUAUCAUAAUAUGUUCCGAAAUAGUCGCAAAGUUGUACAAAGAACUAAGACCUAAAAAAAAAGCUCAUACCCAAAUCCACAAACUAUUUUUUAAACCAAAGCACAUUUGAAUGAUUAUGGAACAGUGUGUGGCAAAAAAAAAUGAUACAUAUGUAUUUAUCUCAUUGUUUACAUAAACUUUUACAGUUUUACAGACCUCAGUUGAGGCUCGGCCAGUCAGAGGUGUGGUUGUAUGUGUUUUUUGCUUUUUCCACAGAGGUUUUGCUGCCAAAACAAAAGCUUCAGCGUCAGCGUCAACCCUGCGGCAGACUACUUCAUAUUUAAAUUGGGGAGGGGGUUGCAGUUUUAGGGGUGCAUCGCCCCCCUCUGCCAGCUGGCUUUGGGGUGACCUUGUCCCUCUGCCCUAUGAACCGUCUUCAGAAGAUGGGAUUGGGGGGGAUGGGACGGGGGUUAGGGGGGUGGGGUGGUGUUGCUUUUGCGCGAAGGGCUGGGAUGACGUUAGAACUCACUUAGGCUGCGUUUACACAGGGAGCACAAUUCAGGUUUUUUUGCCCAAUUAUUGGCAAAAGAGCUGAUCUGAUUGGUCAAAAGACAAAUUAGUGGGAAAAUUAUCAGAAUUGGGGUGCCUGUGUAAAUGCAGCCUUACUGUACCUCGGGACUUUAAAAACAUUAUUGAAAACUAUAGUGACUGGGAUUUGUUAAUUGCAUGUGAGCAGGUCUAUUUGCUAGGGUCUUAAAGGAAAGAUGAAUCCAUUUUGAAUGUUAUAUCGUAUUUGUGUAUCUCUGACCGAUAUUCUAUGGAUUCCCGAGGUCAUUUAAUGUGUAUCUGAGCUAUUCACUGUUCAAGCAGGCAGAAAUCCUGCCCGGUAUGGAUAGUUUUUCAUCAUAUGACGCAAAACUGGAACGGCGAAUAGGUCCAAUACAUAUUAAAUGACAUAGAACAUUUCUCAGAGAUGCACAUAUACGAUAUAACAUUCAGAAUGAGUGAAUCUUUCCUUUAACUGUGAAUGUUCUUGAUGUUUCUGCUUAUUUGAUGUUUGGAAAGGAUGAUGAUGAUUUCUUAGCUGCCUGUGUUCUGCCUAUUUGUAAAAGCGACACAAUCUUAUGGCUGGCCUUGCCUCAUACAAAGUUGGUGCAAACACUUAUUGACAGUGUUCUUUUUUUAAUCAAAUGUCUAUUGUUGUCAGUGAUGAAUGUAUUUAUUUCUCUGGUCCUGCACUUGCCUCCGCUAAGACUUUUCUCAGUGUGUGAGACUGAGGUUCAGGCAGGACCCUUUUUGGUUGUAUUUUAUUUUGAGGAUUUCAAGCGGAGAAACAAAAAUGAGACACAAAACAUAGCCAUCAACCACAAUCUGUGAAGUUGUAGACUUUUUUUGGGGUGAACAGAUUCAUUUUUAUGUCAAAAUGACGACAACGUUUUAUGGCAUUUUUGUAUCUUCUCUCUCAGCUAAAACAAACAACAUGUUUUGGGUGUCAAGAGGAGUUACUCACUGUUUGGUUGGACAUAGGGGUUUAAACAAUUAACUUUAACCCCCUGUGUACCUCUGUCGAUGUCUAUCGGGCAUCGUGGCUCAUCUGUGGGCCAUAUAUUGUAUCUCUUCACAAACAUCCUCUGCCUGGGUGUUGCCAAGCCACUGCCAUUUAGAAAACCUAUUCCUCCUCACCAACCUCACCCCUUUCUUUCUCCAAACGAUAGAGUCGUCUCUAUGAUGUACAUUUUUUUUGUCUUAAACCACUCACCGCUUAUCAUUUCUCUUGGACUUUUUGAUUUGUUUGUGUCUAUAGAGUGUUUUUUUUUUAGCCUCUCGGAAGGUCCAGGCGCGCUCAUAUCAGUUCACAUUAAUUGCAGUUUACUGUUUCUCUUACCUCAUCAUUGUAGUGUUUCUGUGCGUUUCAAAAAUAUAGUAUCAUUAUGCAGUGUUACAAAGCUUUAAGAAACACUAUACAAAGUUCUGGGAAUUCAAACCAUGAUGUUUUCCCUACUCAAAGCUUGUCUGAGUUACCUCUCUUUGUAUUACUGUAGUUUCACCCAUGCGAUUGUCUAGUUUCACCUUUUUUCUCCCUGUUGUUGUUGUCCCCUGUCAAUUCACCAGGUCCAGUCUGCGCUGUGUCUACGGAGUAGCUCCAAUUUACCUAAUCAAACUAAACCAAAGCUAGUUUUGAAAAUGGCGUCUGGCACACCACAGUGUGUUCUAAAGCCAAGGUGUAUCUUUAACCGCUAAGCUUUACUACCACUCGCUAUACCCACAAUGUAGCUAACCCUACACCAACCGCCCUUUGACCCCAUCCUUAGCUUCCGUGACUCUGCGGCUAACGAAGCUAGUGAUCGUGAUUUCUCCCCAUAUAUCUGUGACUUCAGUGUGUUCCACAUAUUCGACAUCAGUAUUUACCUCCAGGGACAAAAAAAUGAUUACCUCAACUCUGUGUUUACUUGCGAUUUACAUCUCAGCAUUUUUGCAGAUGCAAAUGAAUUUUUUACUCGUUUAUUUUUUAUUUUUUACCGUCCAGUUGUAACCAAAAUAUCACUUAUUUUUGAAAUAGUGUUUGUUAGUCUUGUCAAAUGACUCCAUGUUGAUGGAAAGACGUUAUUAGCUGCUAAACUAGUACUUGAAAACUUGAUUAAAGAAGUUGUCCGUGAAGCAGGUAUAUCAAGCUUCUCUCGGAUCCAUGAACAGCCGCUGUUCAAUAAUGUAUCAGGAUCCAGGGGCUCAGAGGUUCUGGAAUGGACAUGUAGGGUCUUUGACUAUGAAUAAUUGAGGGCUAACAUUCCCUCCCCCCUUACACACACACACACACACACACACACACACACGGCCUAAUGCCAUGAUCACCUCUUGCUAGCGGCAGCACCCAGGCUGAGCCCUUCUCUCCACUCCUCUGAGAGCUCGUAUUCAGGUCAGAGCUGUCGCUACGGUGAUGGGGCUCGCUAACUCAGUGUCAUAAAAGUGUAAUACAGCUGACCUCAGCACUCACAACCUUGCAGUCUUAAUAUACAGUGGUGAGAAAAAUAAACUGUUAUUUUAUGAUCUUUUCAUUAAAAGCUUGAUCGAAAAGCCAACCCUG